UAACUUAGUGUAAAUUUUAUAAAAUAUGGGACGCAAAGCGGAAUACAGUGAGAAACAAAAGAAGGGUCCUGGGCGCAAGGCUCGCAAACAGGGGCCACCAACAUUUCCCAAGAAAUCGUUUGCUCCUCUUGAGGUCGAAGACCAAAAAUUGUCACACCGUCAGAAGCAACGUUUGGUGAAACGCGUGCAAAAAAAGGUCGUACAGAAAGCUAAGCUAAAGGAAAAGCAGGCAAAAGGAAAACAGCAGGUGCGAAAGCAAAAAACGUACAACAGCGACAGCGAACCCGAGGAUGAGGUUAAGAAACAGCAAAGCUCCUCUGAUGAGGAGGUGCCACAGUUGGUUCCCAUUCCUGAUAUUGUGAAACAAAAGACUAUUAAGGGUUUCACCGAUGAAAAUAAAGAUUGGCUGAAACUAAAGAAGCAACAGAAAAAGGUUCUGCCAAAGCCGGAGCAUGAAUCAGUUGACGAAGACAAUUCUGAUGAGGAAGAGCAUUCAGUAGGCUCAGAUGCUGAGGAAGAUUCUGAGGCAGAGCUUGAUUCUGAUAGUGGAAACGGCUUCGAAGCCGAUUCAGACGAUGAAAUAGAGGAAGAAGAUUCCGAGGACGAUGGUUAUGACGGCACAAAAGUUGGCAAGUUGGACGACCUUUCGGACGACGACGAAGAUGCCAACUCCGACGAUGAUUUUGAUGUUUCGGACGCUGAAACUGCAGACUCUGGUGAAAAUGCCAGCGACGAUGAUGAUGACGACGAUGAUGACGAUAAGCUGCCCAUUGAGCGAGCCAACAAGAGACUAAAAAAGCGAGAAGCGCAGGAAGCCCUACUAGCCGAAGAGGAAGCCCAAAUGGCAAUCGACCAGCAGGAUGUAUUCAAGUUCCCAGACGAAAAUGAUGAGGAUGAGAGCGGUCUUACACUCCAGGAAGUGCAACAGCGUAUCAAGGAUGUGUCACUAGUGCUGUCCGACUUCAAAAAGUAUCGGCAGGCCGAUCGUUCUCGUGGCGAGUAUAUUGAUCUGUUACGUCGUGAUCUAUGUCUUUACUACAGCUACAAUGAAUUCCUCAUGGGCAAACUAAUGGAUAUGUUCCCAUUGACUGAGCUUAUGGAGUACCUCGAAGCUUCUGAGGUUCCACGACCUCUGACUAUUCGAACGAAUACAUUAAAAACUCGCCGACGCGAUCUGGCAGGUGCCCUUAUUAAUCGUGGAGUGAAUUUGGAUCCUCUGGGCAAGUGGACAAAGGUGGGUCUGGUCAUUUUCAAUUCGCAGGUGCCUCUAGGCGCGACACCUGAGUAUCUUGCCGGUCACUACAUGAUACAAGGUGCCUCUUCUAUGCUGCCAGUUAUGGCCCUAACUCCCCAAGAGAAAGAACGAAUACUGGACAUGUGCUCGGCUCCGGGCGGCAAAGGUUCGCACAUAGCCGCCAUAAUGAAGAAUACCGGCGUGCUCUUUGCCAACGAUUCAAAUCGUGAUCGUUGCAAUGCCAUCAAAGCAAAUUUUCAUCGCCUGGGCAUAGUCAAUGCCGUAAUUAGCUGCGAGGAUGGAACCAAGUUCCGCAACAUCAUAAGUGGUUUCGAUCGUGUGCUUUUGGACGCACCAUGCACGGGUACGGGCGUUGUCUCGAAGGAUCCCAGUGUAAAGUCCACUAAGUCGGAGGUGGAUGUGCAGCGUUGCUACAACUUACAGCGAAAAUUGUUGCUCACAGCCAUCGAUUGUACGGAUGCUAAAUCAGCGACCGGGGGCUAUAUCGUCUACUCAACCUGUUCAGUGCUACCGGAGGAGAACGAAUGGGUAAUUGAUUACGCACUGAAGAAGCGGAACGUAAAGCUUGUGCCAACGGGUCUCGAUUUUGGGGUUGAUGGCUUUACAAAAUUCCGCCAGCAUCGCUUCCAUCCAAGCUUAAGUCUAACGAAACGCUACUAUCCACAUACACACAACAUGGAUGGCUUCUACGUGGCCAAGUUGAAGAAAUUCUCCAAUACGAUACCCCUUACCAAGGAACAACAGGAGGACGACGAAAAGCAGCUCGACGAAGCCAUACCCACUGAUCAGUCUACGAAUGUGUCAAACGAGGACGAUGCUGGAGCAGCUGAAGAUACAGAUAAAUCUUCACGAAAGCUGCUUGGCAAGCGCGCCGGAAAACCAAACCUCACAGAUAUUGAAGCAGAGCUGAAGAAGAAAAAGCUGGAGCAGAGUAAAACAAAAUAUGUGGCUAAGGUUUUUGAAAAGCCCAUUAAGGUAGAGAAAAAACCAAAAGCAAAUGAACCACCAGUGCCACCAAAUCUGUCCACAAACGGCAUUCAAGAAAAGACAAAAAACAUUAUUGAUAAGAAAGCAAAAUUGAAAAAAAAUGAUGUUUCUGCUCUGCACACGGUUCUUCCCGCAGCAGUAAAUGGACGUGGGUCAAAUGAUAAAAAGCAGUCGGCACCAGCAGCUCAAUUCAAUAAAAAGCCAUCAACGCCAUCGCAUCAGUACAAUAAAAAGCAGUCCACACCACCAACUAAAUCUAAUAAAGGACAGAAAACACUCGGAGCUCAGUCCAAAAAGGAGCAGCCGGCUCAAUUGAAUAGAGGACAGUCACCACCAGCACCUCAACCCAAAAAGGACCAGCCUACACCAACAAUUAAAUCCAGUAAAAAGGAGUUAACACCCGGAGCUAAAUCCAAGAAGGAGCAGUCAACACCAUCGACUCAAUCCGGUAAAACUUCUAAGAAAUCAGCUCUUGUGCCUAAAGUCAAGGUGAAUAUAGAUGACCUGCCCAUACUAGAGGGUAAACCCAUCAAAAAACAAAAUCUGAAGCACAAAUCUAAACAGAUUGGAAAUUUGAAAAAGUCCAAGUCAGGCAUCAAUGCAAAACCGCAAACGGGCAAUAAGCAAAAGUUUAAGAAUAAAAAGUGAAGUAGCCAAAAAACCAUAUAACAUGGUUGUAUUUUAAAGCUAAUAUAUUAUUGAAAUACUGUCUUUUAAACAAGCGAUGGUCACACAGGCAAAUAAUUUGUUAAACUAUUUGUUAAUUCUUGCUAAUACACAAACCAGUUUUGGAAACACUUCAUGUAUUUUUGUAUAACUAUAUAUAUGCUGGCAAAGAUCAACAAAUGUAUUCAGAAAAAUUAUUCUAGACUGUAUCUUAAGAGCGUGUGUGAUUAAAAAGUUUGUGAAGUCCAAUAUUUUAAUGAUGAGUUAAAUGUAAGGUGCUCUAAUGUAUUUUAGUGAUUAUUAUACGUAUUGAACACUACUCUAUUGCUUAUCUUUUAUUACUUACUAUAUUUCAAUAAAUAUUAAAUUAAA